UAAAAACAUGUGAAGUUUAAAAUAAAAUUUGAUAUAUAUAAUUUAGCUACGCCUGGUACAUUCAUAAUAAUGAGGGACAAUCCGUUGUCCAUAUGUGAAAGAGAAUUUAUCCUCGCUGCUGUUGAAAUUCAAAAGAGAAUUGAUGGCAGAGAGCCUUACGACUUAAGAAAGAUCAAGAUAACAUUUGGAUUGGACUAUGGAUGUUGUCAUGUUGAACUCGGGAAAACAAGGGUUAUGGCUCAGGUGUCCUGUGAGAUUGCAGCCCCAAAACAGACACGCCUCAAUGAAGGCACCAUGUUCAUCAAUGUAGAACUUUCUCCAAUGGCUGCACCACAGUUUGAAACUAGGAGCCAAGACCUGAACACAGAGAUAACACGCCUCUUAGAGCGUAGCAUCAAGAAUUCCCGCUGUGUAGACUUAGAGUCACUCUGCAUCAUGGCAGGAGAGAAGGUAUGGGAGUUGAGAGUUGAUGUACAUGUGUUGAACCAUGAGGGGAAUAUUUUGGACUGUGCCAACAUUGCUGCUAUAGCUGCCCUAGCACACUUCAGGAGGCCAGAUGUCACAGUGUGUGGAGAGGAGAUAACUGUGCAUCCUGCUGAUGAGAGGGACCCUGUUCCAUUGAGCAUUCUACACAUGCCUCUGUGUGUCACAUUUGCCUUCUUUCAUAAUGGAAAAUGUCUGAUACUCGAUCCAAAUGAAAGAGAAGAGCGUGUCAUGGAUGGGAAGAUGGUGGUCUCUAUGAACAAACAUAGGGAGAUAUGUACAUUACAGAUAUCUGGUCAGAUGCUCUUAGAGAAAGACCAGAUCUUCCGUUGUACCAACAUGGCCGUGAAGAAGGUGAUAGUGCUCACUGAACUGAUACAACUGUCUUUAGAGAAUGACUCUAAUGCUAGGGCUGCUGGGGAAAAGUUUGGAUUUGCAGAGUCUGUAGAAACCAACGAGAUUACAACUGAAUACAAAGAAGAGUCAGAGGUUGACAUGUCAGACAUUGAUGACCAGGUUGUUAUGGCAACACAAAACGGCAACAGUGAAGAUGGCAGUAUAGAGGAGCUUGAGUUAGAUAUGGAGACUAAAGUUACAAUUAUGUUUGAGGGAACAGGUAUGAUAGGACAGGGUGGUGCUAAUACAUGGGACAUGGAUGAAGAUAUGGAAUCAGACCUCACUGAACACAAGCAAAAGCCACAAGCAAACUCACGCUCAGCUACUAUAGCUAAGCACAUAGGAGGAGACUUGAGCGGUGAGAGUGAAGAAGAAGAUACAGUUAUGUUACAACAAGAAGAUAUAGGACUUCAAUCUAAACCAAUUAUCAGUAGUGAAGAGCCAACAGGAAAUGAAAUAGACCUGACUGCAGCACUCGCUAAACCCAGGGGAAAGAAGAAAAAAUCAAAACAUAAACAUUGAGAACUCAUUAAUUAUGAUGUCAUAUCAGUUAUCAGUCUGCCUUUGGAUUAUACUAUAUCUAGUAAAAUUGGCCUUUACCUGGUGCCAAAUCUGAUAUCACAAUUUCAAUGAAUACCAUUCAAGUUUGGCCUAGGACUUCUAGAAUUUAUUCCAAGUUAACAUCAAUGGAUUGUACAGGAUGGCCAAUGCCAGACAUACUUUUGUUAGAUUUGUUCCAGUGAAAGUAUAGACAUUGGGUUACAUGUUAAAAACACUGUACUGUGUAAACCUCCUGUUGAAAUAAAUUAUUUUUGCAUUUACAGUAAAAUUCACUUUUAUGUCAUGGGAUGCACUAAGUCGCACACUGCCCUCUAUCAUGGGCGUAGCGCCCGGU